AUGAAGCGCGGUGCGCUCCUCGUUCCCUUCGUUCCCCUGGCCCUUGCCUGUGUCGACCCCAGCGACUCCAACCAUUCCUGUGCCUCCGUAUUCUCGGUCUCGUCUGCUGCUGCUGUCAGCUUCUGUGCCACGUUCACCGCGAGCACAGUGACUGAAACUACUGGCGCGCCUGCCGCACUUCUCAGAAACUGCGACUACAAUACCAAGCACCUGUCAAGCGCCUGUAGCUGUCUGGGCCCUGCUACUGCCGCUGCUCCUACUCAGACCAGUACUGUCAACACGGCCAUUGCUCAGGUCACUUCCACGGUUGCUCCCACCACCCUGAACACCAAGGCUGUGGCUCCCACCACCCAAGCCCCACCCCCUACGAAGAGCUCCACCUUUGCUGGUAACGGCGGCACCACCUGCACUGUCACCGAGUACGCUGCCAUCUCCUCGGCCGUUGCAUCCUGCUCGAACAUCCUCCUGUCGGACGUCUACGCUCCUCCGUCCAGCACAAUCGACCUCCAGAACCUGCAGACCGGCGCUGCCGUGAUCUUCGCCGGUACCACAACAUUCGGCGACACCCCCGACGACGACUUCGACCCCAUCGUCAUCUCCGGAACCGAUGUGACCAUCACCGGAGCAGAGGGCCACGUCAUCGACGGCAACGGCGCCGCCUACUGGGACGGACAGGGCUCCAACGGCGGAUCCUCCAAGCCCGACCACUUCAUCGUCGUCAAGCACAUGUACGACUCGCGCAUCGAGAACCUCAACAUCCAGAACUGGCCCGUCCACUGCUUCGACAUCGAGAACACCGAGAACCUGAUCAUCUCCGGCCUGACGCUGAACAACUCCGCUGGCGACGCCCCCAACAGCGCCAGCGACGGCAAAGCGGCCGCCCACAACUCCGACGGCUUCGACAUCAAGUCCAGCACUAACCUCACCCUCCGGAACACCUGGGUGCACAACCAGGACGAUUGCGUCGCCGUCACGAGCGGCACGGACAUCGUCGUGGACAACAUGUACUGCUACGGCGGCCACGGACUGAGCAUUGGCUCUAUCGGCGGCAAGAGCGAUAACACCGUUGAUGGGGUGACCUUCUCCAACUCGCAGGUCAUAAAUAGCGAGAAUGGAUGCAGAAUCAAAUCUAAUUCCGGAACAACCGGCGAGGUCUACAACAUUCGCUACGAGAACAUCACCGUCUCCGGCAUCACCGACUACGGUAUCGAUAUUCAGCAGGAUUACCUGAACGGCGGCCCUACCGGUAAGCCUACCAACGGCGUCAAGAUCGAGAACAUCACUUUUGUCGAUGUCACUGGCACUAUGAGCGAUGGCAAGGACUACUACAUUCUCUGUGGUGAUGGCAGCUGCUCUAAUUUUGUCUUUGAGAAUGUCAGCAUUACCGGUGGCAGUGGCGAUAGCUGCAACUUUCCUACCGACACUUGUCUUGAGGCUUGA